CUCAAAUGCAAAUCAAGCUUGUUAUUCUUACUAUCUGCGCUUCUCUUGUCGCUAUUGGCUUUGCUGCUCCUUCUCCCCAAGCUGAUGCUGCUCCUCCUGGUGAUGACAAUCUUCAAGCUUUUGACACAAGCGAUGCAACUGCUGAUCCAAACACACCUCCUCCUGAAGGCCCAAGCCCUCAAGCUUUGGAUCUAGUUACAGAAUCUUUUUCUGAUGACAUAAGUCCUGCAGAUUUUGAUCUAAAUGCUCCUAGUGAUGCUGCUAUUGAUGCUGCUAUUGAUACUGCUAUUGAUGCUACUGAUCCAAAUGCUGAUGGCCCAGUGCCUCCUUCUGAUGGCUCAAGUCCUCAAUUUUUUACUUAUUAAUAGAUAAAGCUUGAAUUUAUUCUUUUACAACGAAUAUUUUUCUGAGGCAAUUGUUGUAAGAUUUAUAUUCAUCUUAUCUUCGCUAAUGCAGGCUCAACAAGAUGAGAUUGAA